AUGCCCAAUCUCAUCGAGGUACAAAAAGCAUCCUACGACCAAUUUCUUCAGGUCGAUGAGAUGCAGGGCGGCGGCCGCAAGAUAGAAGGCCUUGAAGCGGUCUUCCAGUCCGUGUUUCCCAUUUCCGAUUUUGCCGGAACUUCCCUACUUGAGUUUGUAUCCUACGAAUUCGAAGCUCCCAAAUACGACGUGGACGAGUGCCGCCAGCGUGACAUGACGUUCGCCGCACCGCUGAAGGUAACCUUGCGUCUCAUCGUCUUUGAUGUCGAUGAAGACACAGGGGCCAAGUCCGUCAAGGACAUCAAGGAACAGGAUGUCUACAUGGGCGACAUGCCGUUCAUGACAGACAACGGCACCUUUAUCGUCAAUGGCACAGAGCGCGUGAUCGUUUCCCAGAUGCACCGUUCCCCGGGUGUUUUCUUCGACCACGACAAAGGCAAGACCCAUUCCUCCGGCAAGCUUCUGUUCGCCGCCCGCGUGAUCCCCUAUCGCGGGUCAUGGCUGGAUAUCGAAUUCGACGCCAAGGACAUUGUCCACGCGCGGAUCGACCGCCGUCGGAAGAUCCCGGUAACGUCGCUGCUGAUGGCUCUUGGCCUCGACGGCGAGGAAAUCCUGAACACCUUCUACAAGCGUAUCGACUACACGCGUCAGAAGGAUGGUUCCUGGCGCAUGCCGUUCGACGGUGCUCGCCUGAAGGGAACCAAGGCCUCCUAUGAUCUGAUUGAUGCGGAUAGCGGUGAAGUCGUCGUUGAAGGUGGCCGCAAGAUUACGGCACGCACGAUCCGUCAGCUGAGUGAAAAGGGCAUUACGGCCCUGAAGGUCACGGACGAAGACCUGCACGGUCAAUAUCUUGCAGAAGAUAUCGUUGACGCGCAGUCGGGCGAGAUCUACGCGGAAGCGGGCGACGAGAUCACCGGCAAGCUGCUGGAAGAACUUGUUGAGCGCGGUUAUCACGAAUUGACGAUGCUCGAUAUCGACCACGUCAACACCGGUGCCUAUAUCCGAAACACGCUUGCGGUCGACAAGAACGAGUCCCGUGAGGAUGCGCUCUUUGACAUCUACCGUGUCAUGCGUCCGGGAGAGCCGCCAACCAUCGACACUGCGGAAGCGAUGUUCCAGUCGCUGUUUUUUGACGACGAACGGUAUGACCUGUCUGCCGUUGGCCGCGUGAAGAUGAACAUGCGUCUUGACCUGCAGUGUGAAGACACGGUCCGCACACUGCGCAAGGAAGACAUCCUUGAAGUCAUCCGUGUCCUGCUCCAGCUGCGUGACGGCAAAGGCGACAUCGAUGACAUCGACAACCUUGGCAACCGUCGUGUGCGGUCGGUCGGCGAACUGAUGGAAAACCAGUAUCGCGUCGGCCUGCUUCGCAUGGAACGCGCGAUCAAGGAACGCAUGAGUUCCGUGGAAAUCGACACGGUCAUGCCGCAGGAUCUGAUCAAUGCGAAACCGGCCGCUGCUGCCGUUCGCGAAUUCUUCGGGUCUUCGCAGCUGUCGCAGUUCAUGGACCAGACCAACCCGUUGUCUGAAGUCACCCACAAGCGUCGCCUGUCGGCGCUCGGUCCGGGUGGUCUGACACGAGAACGUGCAGGCUUCGAGGUUCGCGACGUUCACCCGACACACUACGGCCGCAUCUGCCCGAUCGAGACCCCGGAAGGUCCGAAUAUCGGUCUGAUCAAUUCGCUGGCGACUUUUGCCCGCGUGAACAAGUACGGCUUCAUUGAAAGCCCGUACCGCAAGGUCGAUGAUGGGGUCGUAACCAACGAAGUCAUCUAUCUUUCCGCAAUGGAAGAAGCCAAGCACUAUGUGGCGCAGUCCAAUGCGGAAUAUGACGCGGAAGGCCGGUUCACAACCGAACUUAUCACCUGCCGUCAUGCAGGUGAGAACAUGAUGGUUCCGUCCGACAAGGUCGACCUGAUGGACGUUUCGCCGAAACAGCUUGUUUCUGUUGCGGCAGCGCUCAUUCCGUUCCUGGAAAACGAUGACGCCAAUCGUGCGCUCAUGGGUUCGAACAUGCAGCGUCAGGCGGUGCCUCUUGUGAGCGCCGAAGCGCCAUUUGUCGGCACGGGUAUGGAACCGGUUGUCGCGCGCGAUUCCGGUGCCGCGAUCGGUGCACGCCGCGCGGGUGUGGUCGAUCAGGUAGACGCGACACGUAUCGUUAUUCGUGCGACGGAAGAUCUCGAUCCCGGCAAGUCCGGUGUCGAUAUCUACAGGCUGCAAAAGUUCCAGCGCUCCAACCAGAACACCUGCAUCAACCAGCGUCCGCUGGUGCGUGUCGGUGAUCGGGUGCACAAGGGCGACAUCAUUGCUGACGGCCCGUCCACGGAUCUGGGCGACCUGGCUCUCGGCCGGAACGUGCUUGUCGCGUUCAUGCCGUGGAACGGUUACAACUUCGAGGAUUCCAUCCUUCUUUCCGAGCGGAUCGUUUCCGACGACGUCUUCACUUCCAUCCACCUUGAGGAAUUCGAGGUGAUGGCGCGUGAUACCAAGCUUGGUCCGGAAGAGAUCACCCGCGACAUUCCCAACGUUUCAGAAGAAGCGCUGAAGAAUCUCGACGAGGCCGGCAUCGUCUAUAUCGGUGCGGAACUCAACCCGGGUGACAUUCUCGUCGGCAAGAUCACGCCGAAGGGCGAGAGCCCGAUGACUCCGGAAGAAAAACUUCUGCGAGCCAUCUUCGGCGAGAAGGCCUCCGACGUGCGCGACACGUCCCUGCGCCUGCCGCCAGGGGUUUCCGGUACUGUGGUCGAAGUGCGUGUCUUCAAUCGCCAUGGCGUCGAAAAAGACGAACGGGCGAUGGCGAUCGAGCGCGAGGAAAUCGAACGUCUCGCAAAGGACCGUGACGACGAGCAGGCAAUCCUCGACCGCAACGUCUAUGGCCGUCUCGCAGAAAUGCUGAUGGACAAGACUGCUGUUGCCGGUCCCAAGGGCUUUGGCAAGGACGCUGUUCUGACCGGGGAUGUUCUCAACGACUUCCCGCGGUCGCAGUGGUGGCAGUUCGCCACCGACGACGAAAAGUUCAUGUCCGAAAUCGAAGCCUUGCGCGGUCAGUACGACGACAGCCGCAAGCGUCUCGAGCAGCGGUUCAUCGACAAGGUCGAAAAACUGCAGCGCGGUGAUGAACUGCCUCCUGGCGUCAUGAAAAUGGUCAAGGUCUUUGUUGCCGUGAAACGCAAGCUUCAGCCGGGUGACAAGAUGGCCGGCCGUCACGGCAACAAGGGCGUGGUUUCCAAGAUCAACCCGUGCGAGGACAUGCCGUUCCUGGAAGACGGUACGCAUGUCGAUAUCGUGUUGAACCCGCUCGGCGUGCCGUCCCGCAUGAACGUCGGCCAGAUCCUGGAAACUCACCUGGGCUGGGCCUGCCGCGGCAUGGGCAACCGGAUUGGCGAAAUGUACGAAGAGUACAAGCGCUCCGGUCAGCUUGACGAGCUUCGCGGAAAGAUCGUCGAGAUCUACGGCGACAACAUGAAGGGCGACAACGUCCAGGAAUACGAUGACGAGAGCAUCGUUCGCCUGGCCGACCAGCUGAAGAAGGGUGUUUCCAUCGCGACGCCGGUCUUUGAUGGCGCGCGUGAACCCGAUGUUGUCGAAGCACUGAACAUCGCCGGUUACGACUCGAGCGGUCAGUCCGUGCUGUUUGAUGGACGAACCGGUGAAGAGUUCGACCGCAAGGUGACCGUGGGCUACAUCUAUAUGCUGAAGCUCCACCACCUUGUCGACGACAAGAUCCAUGCCCGUUCGAUCGGCCCGUACUCGCUCGUUACCCAGCAGCCGCUUGGUGGUAAGGCGCAGUUCGGUGGCCAGCGUUUCGGGGAAAUGGAGGUCUGGGCGCUCGAGGCAUACGGUGCAGCCUAUACGCUGCAGGAAAUGCUCACAGUCAAGUCGGACGACGUGGCCGGCCGUACGAAGGUCUACGAGGCCAUCGUUCGCGGCGACGACACCUUCGAGGCGGGCAUACCGGAAAGCUUCAACGUGCUUGUGAAGGAAAUGCGGUCCCUGGGUCUCAAUGUUGAACUGCAACGGACUGAUGUACCCGCGAUUGGCGAGGAAGAAACUGCGGAUGCCGCAGAAUAA